AUGUUGAGCCAAAGUUCAGGGUCUGAUGCAAAUUCGAGUCGGAUUUGGGAUCCUCUUUGCUGCAAUUGUGGUAGAACUACGACGCUUGCAAAGUCAUGGACAAAUGACAAUCCGGGUAGAAGAUUCUUUAAGUGUGUUGUUCAUGGCUUUGCUAAAUGGGCAGAUGAACAAAGGCCAUACGGUUGGCAGAAGGUGAGCUUACUGGAGGCUAGAGAUGAGAUUAAGGUACUCAAAGAAUCUCUGAAGGUAAUGAAUGUGAGUGGUUCCAACAGUAUCUCCCAUGAGGAAGAGAAGAAGAAGCUUGAAAGUGAACUAAUGGCCUCUAAUGAGAGGGAAAAAAUGCUUAGACAGAUUAUCUUAUUGUCUUGGGGAGGUUUCAUUGUUGUUAUUGCUAUAAUCCUUGUAAUGGGAAAGAAGUAG